CUCGAAGUGUAUUACAACCUUGUUGUUGGUGUAGUUACCUCGUCUGGUAUACGAGGUAUCAAAGUGCACCACGGGAUCAAAUCUCGAAAAAAAUGCGUGACUUUCGAACUCGGAAGAAUCAUGAAUUGGAAGCCGGAUGAGAUUUGUAGUAUCGACAGGUGUUGGACAUCGUGGUAGAUUCGGUGACAUAUCAGUGAUAAGAGUCAGAGCUUCAAUCGGCAAACAAUCCCAGAGUGCAUACUGCUCCGCCCGUCCUUGCGAUCGCUGCAUCCUUGAUUGUCAUGCCCCGUAACUACCUCCUAAGUAACUUAUGACCAAUGACGGAAUGAAACAUAGGUAGUCUCUGAAGAUAUGUGUGCUGGCAUGGUAGUGAUUGGUUUUAAGAUUCAUCUAGUUUUGCUAACUGUUUUUCUCUUCUUUUUUUGUUUUAAGAUUCAUGUUCAUCUUGUUUUUUGUCUUCUGAAGAGGAAGAGUUUCUUCAAUUCUAAGGCCAAUGAAAUUGCUAACUGUUUUUCGAUGGAGAUAACCAUGACACUGAAAGACUCAUCAGCUCAUCUGAGGCCCCAAGUGAGUCUCUUACAAUCAGGAUGUGAUCCAGGAUGACCCCGAAGCACAGUCAUGACCUCGGCGACAGUUGCUCUCCUCGUAAACGAGGCGGAGCCUGGGAGUGGAGGCGGACUUGUACUCAAUUCUUGGGCGAGUCUAUAUCCCCGAUCGCUUAUUCUGAAUGUAACAGGAGCAGCUCCAGAUGCAGGUGGAACAAGAACUAGGAGGGACCAUUCAACGUCAUCGCUCGGCAAUUCUGUUGGCAAACUGAAACUAUCCUCGUCUCUCCAGCAAAGCCAAACGUCGUUUUUUUCUGCUGCUCCUCCAAAAAUCGAAAAGGAUGAAUUCGGGGUGCCGAGGGAUGCAGAAGGAAGAAUCAGGUGUUGUGGACAAGGAUCGAAGAAGCACUUUUACGUAUGCGAAACCACGUGCAAAGGGGAGCCGCGUUUUGGUGCACCUGGACCGAAGUCGGCUCGCGAUAACGCCUUUCGAGCAGAGCAACUGGUGACGAUAAACCGCCCGGGAACCUUAGGCGAAAUGAUUGAACGUGCACAGGCGGCUGCAAAGAUUGACCCGAAAGAGGCUCUAGCUCAAGGAGACACAGGUACUUACGUUUCUCUCCAACCACGGCAUCUUCACUAUCAUAUACAUAGAUACAUAUCAUUGUCAAUCUUCAACUGUUAAGUAGAAGUGAGAGAUUCAGUUGUAAAACUACAUGCACUAAGACUAACAAGGAUAAGGUUUAGAAAUACAAAUAUUAUGGUUGACUUGUACCCUGCCUACGCCUAUGAUGAUUAUCAUUAUGUAUGAUGGAUUUGGAUAACAGGAGAUGCCGACGACGGUGAGGGUGGUUUUGACGCGGAAUAUGAGACGGAUCUAAAGACUGGGGAGCGCGUGCGAAAGCGUAAGCCGUUUGGCAAAGGCACACGUGCAAGCGAGGACGAGAUGAUCUACGGGCCACUUCCGCCGCGGGAUCCACAGCAGAUGGCCUACGUAGAUAUGCAUGGUCGUGUGAACUAUCCUAGUUUCGAGCUACCGCCGAAAAUGCCUUUCGGCUUCAAACAACGACCGGAAACAAUGAAGAUUGGGCACAUAGAUGCGCAUGGUCCGGAGGGCAAAGAGCUGUACUUUAAUGGAAGAAUGAAGAUACUCCACAAUCGAAACCGGCCAAGAGGCCCGCUUGCACCACGCGAAGAAAAGUUUUUGUGAAAAUCAAGAAAAGGCACUCAAAAAUGUGGAUGAAGUUCUUUAUAUGAUGCAUCACUGACUUAUAGAUACCGAUUACCUAGCCGAUUACUGAAAAUCAUGAUGAUUCCUUCAUCAACUGAAAGUAGAAGCUGAACUACUCGACAUUAUAAUCAUGCAUAGCAAGAAUUAUGAAUGAUUCCUUUAUUCCGGGCACCUAUUCCUAUGCCGUGUCGGUUGGACCCUUCAAGCAUUAUUCCUUUUUGUCAAAAGAUUCGGCUUAUACGGAAGUAAAGCAAGUAAUCUGCAUUUUUGAUAUCAACACUUUUCUUUUGGAGGAUUUGUUCCUGCUCUUGUUUCGACGUUUGUACUCUGAGAUAGCUCCGCGAAAGAUCGAUCAGCAUGAUCGCAAAAUGGAGAAAAAUCCUCAUGAUCAUGAAGUUGAGAAAGAUCACC